AUGGAUAUACACACUAAGAAGCGUAAGAGAUUGACCAAGGCAUGCGAUAACUGCCAUAAAAACAAACGUCGCUGUGAUGGUUUUUUACCCUGUUCAAAUUGCGACUUCUCAGGAAAGCAAUGUUCUUACAGUGACAACAAUGGACACGCUAUUCCACCACCUAAGAGUCGCUCAGAGAAGGAGCAUGAAUCCCACCUCAAACUCAAAACUGAGUACAACUUAUUCACCAGCGAUAGUCACGGUGAAAACAGCAGAGCUCUCCUGAAUGAUCCCAUACUCAAGAAGGAACUCGUUAUUCUCUUUCUCGAUCAUAUGUAUCCCUUCAACUUGAUGUUUCACAAGCCAAGUUUACUCUACGCCUUAGAGAAGGACAGGUUGAGUCCUAUGCUCCUCAACUCGAUAUUCGGACUUUCUGCACGUCUCAGUCCUCAUCCGAAGUUCCAACAAAUAGAAGCAUGGAGAACUGGUGUUGAUUUUGCUGCUAUUGCAAGACGUAUUCUUCUGGUACCAAACGAACUUGGCUCGUGCGCACUCGACGAGCCUAAAUUAGAGGUUAUACAGACUGCUGUUCUCCUCGCCGCUCACGAUUUUGGUGUUGGUUUUUUCAAUCGUGCCUAUACUUAUCUAGGCAUGGCUAUAUCGCAACUCAAAACACUUGGUCUCAAUCACGACGACUUUGUCUUACCAGCUCCGGAAGACACUCGAGAAAAGUGGAUAGGCAGAGAAGAGAGGCGAAGAACAGCCUGGUGUGUCAUCAUGCUCGACUCCAUUGCUGCAGCUAUAAAUGGUCGAGCGAAGCCAUUUGAAGAACAUGACUUGAAAGUCUUCCUGCCUGCUGACGAUGUCGCGUUUGAGCUGGCUGUAGGAAACACAUCAAAUAGGGAAUUUAUUAACAGCACACCCUCGAAUGACCAAUCAACCACGGAAUUUGGGUACCUCAUCAGAAUAGUCAAUAUAUUUUCAAAUGUCAUGGGAUAUAUUUACUUCCACGAAAAAGAGCGUAUGGCAAACUCCUCAGACAGGUCGACGAUGUCUAGUAAGACAAACACGGAAUCACCUUAUUCAAGCCAAGCAUGCAAGCAUGCAUUGGCACAAUGGUCACAAUCAUUGCCACAUCAUCUAGAAUUGAGUAGCAUAAAUCUCAAUUUGGCUGUUAUGUCAAUGCAAGCAGGCGCUAACUCAUCUGGAUGGUGUUACGCACUCAUGCACGCCUUUGCUGAAUGUAGUGUAUUCUAUUUACAUUCUACGGCUGAGUCAAAUACCACUGAAGAGGCUGUUCGAAGUAGUGCAGAUAGACAAAACCAAAGUGUAGGGAAUAUGAGAGCAAUCAUAGAUGCAUUGACUAUUACCGGUCGCAAGAGUCCCCUCUUGAUAUACUUUGUCUAUGUCAUCUCAAAAUGGCAAUUACAUGUGCAAGGAGCACUUGACGCAUCGAUAGCAGACAUAUGGGAUGACGAAAUAGCAGAUUUAUGGCAUAUUGACAAGUCCAUACUAACUGGCGGAAAUCCACCACCUGUUUUGGAAGAAGUUGCUAGUGAGGAUAGCGACAACAUUGAAGAGCAGCCAGCCCCAGCGAACACAAUGGACACUAUCGCUAAUAUACUUGAAAAUGCGACGAAUACAACUGUGAAUUUGAACACAAGUGUGAAUCCCUUGGACCUUGAUUUGUUGCCCAGUCGCGAUACUUUCCUAUCUCCGUCGUUUCCAGAUAUAUUCGUACCCCCGAUUAAUGGAAGUGAGCAAGACAAGCCGACAUUAGGAUUAGGAAUAAAUUGA